AAGACCGUGUGUGACUGCGGCGUGUGGGAACGAUUAUCGACUAUUGUCUGCAGACCGCCAAAAUUGUAUUUAUCAUUUUCUUUACGCUGUCAUCGUUAGCGUCUCAAAGUGUUAUUCUAACCCGACUUAAAAUUAUUGGUCGAACUCACAGCACUUGUCACGUCCACACUACCGAUUAUAGUUUUUGGUCCGCCAUCUAUUCCGCGUUUCAACUGAUUUUUCACAUCGUUCACAUAGAUUUAUUAAUUUCUAAUCUUAUAGUCACUAUGGAACAGUAUAUUGUAAGCAGUAAUAGUGCAUUAGAACUUAAACUCGUUCGUAAGCCUAGUGACAUUAAUGAUCCAAAAGCAGCAUUUUAUCCAGACAUGACUUAUCAAGUAUUUGGAAAUAUGGAAAAAAUAUUUGGUUACAAAGACCUUGUUGUCAAAAUGUAUUACACUGCUUGUAGUCUUAAGCUGUAUAUUAACAUAAACUAUUCCUCGAAAGUGGAUUCAGAGAAAUUUGGUAUGAAUCCUGACAAUAUAAUGGAGAAACUUAAAGAUUACAUUACUCCAAAUUUCCAUACAAACAUUGAUGUAUUUGAAAAGUGUUUGGAAGAUGAACCAUUGUUUAAGCCUUAUGGAACUCAACUCGAUCAAUUUAUUUUAAAUCAUAAUGACGGAGACAAGAAAUUUGAAGUAUAUGUUAUUGAAGAUGAAAACAAUGAAUUUAAAGAAUAUUUUGAUCAACUACAGACAUUUGUUCUAUGGUAUAUAGAUUCAUCAAAUACCAUUGAUUUUGAUGAUACUAAAUGGAAGAUAUUUAUCUUGUAUGAAAUUUUUAAGAAUGAAAAUGGUGAUUUGUGUUAUACUCCAGUGGGAUAUUCAACUAUCUAUGAAUAUUAUGCUUACCCAGAUAAAAUCCGUCCAAGAAUUAGUCAAAUGUUAAUUCUACCACCAUUCCAAAGGAAAGGAUUGUGUGCUAAGCUACUGAAUUCCGUUUACAAACAUUAUGCCACUAAAUCAGAUGUUAUUGAUAUUACAGUUGAAAGUCCAAACGAUGAAUUUCAACUUGUUCGAGAUUUUGUAGAUGUUACUAAUUUUCAUAAUCUGAAAACAUUUGAUGAAGUAAAACUAAAAAAACUACAUUAUCAAGAAAUGGUUGAAGAGUUUAAAAAUCUUUACAAAAUCAACCAGAAACAAGUUCGUCGUGUUAUAGAAAUUAUAUUACUAAAAAUUACCAAUCGGCAGAAUAAGGAUGAAUAUGAAAAAUAUAAGAAAUUUGUAAAAGCAAGAUUGAAUUGGCCAUUUCAAAAAAAACCUACCAAACUUAUGUUGGCAAUGCCAGCCGAAGAAGCUGAAAAAAUUCAAAAAGCUGAUUCACUUGUAAAAUUGGAAGAUUUAGAUAUUGAGUAUAAUGAAUUAGAACCAUCAUAUGAUAAAGUAAUCAAGCGAUUAGAAGUUAGCCCUAAUGUAUAGAUAAUUGUCAUAAAAAACCAGUUUUUAAUUUUUUGUAUGUUAAAUAUUUUUCUGUAUUAAUUUUAAUUAUAUUCAACUUAAAAAUAAAUUCUAAGAAUGUUCCUUUUCUUCAUUAUUUGAUUUAAUUAAGUUUUUUAAUAAGUGAAUGUUUUAAUAAAAUUAAUUAAGUACUUUAAAUAUAAUUAUACAACUUUAAUAUUACAUAAUUAACUAUUAAGUACUAAUUAAUAUGUGAAUUAUUGUAUGUUUAAUUUCUAAGUUUUUAAUUUGUAUUAUAAAAUUGUAUGUUGAAUUAAUUGAUUUUAUAAUAGUUAAUAAUAAAACCUAGCUCAUCAUUCAAAAAGAAAAGUAUUUGGUAUUAUUGAAGCUUUAUAUUAUUUGCCAAUUUUAGACUGAUUUAGUACGAUUUUUUUUUUUUAUGUGUAUACGAUAAUAGUUAUCUAUUGACUAUUUAUUAGUCGAUAAAAUGCUUUGAUUUUCAACUUUGAGGGUGGUUUUGGAUAGAAAAUUGGAUCUAAUUUGUACUUUAUCGAAAUCAAUAUAAAAAAUUAAAAAUAAAAUCUCUUUUUUUUUAUUAUCAGAAAAACAAACAAAAAUUUUAAGAAUACUAAAAGAAUAACCGCAGAAAAUUAAAAUUUUUUCCAAAUAUUUAUAAUAUUGUAAUUUUCUAUAUAUUGUAAUAUUUCAAACAAUUUUUAGAUAUAAGAAUUUAUUUUUCUUAGUUCUUUUUCAAAAUAAAUGUUUAAAAUUAA